CGUAUGUACUGUACUGUAUUGUACACAGCAUCAAAUCUUAUUUUUCGAUCCGAGCUUUUCAAUCAGGAGAAUUGCCGUCCCGACUUCCAUUAAGCCCCAUCCUGUUGUUCGAUUGCAUGUCUGAUCCAACAUACCAUGUCCUCAAAGGAUAAAGCAAAGUUUGGUAAAGGAUACCUUACAGAUGCAGAAGAAAAGAACGUAUUUGUCUUGGCAGACGAUCGAGUUCGAUUCGAUAAAAAUGGUCCAGGAGGUGCAGUAAAGGUAAAAGGAUAUAGAGGUAUUUGGCCCGUAUUUGGGAAACCAUCAGAACGACUUGGAGGGGCAGACGUGAUCAUCGUACAAGAUGAUGAUGGGGCAACCGGAGCAUCGGAAAACACAGCAGCUGGUACUUCUGGAAAUCGACUAAACGUUCCGUCAAACGAAGGUGAACACAAUCCAAAAGAGGGGCUUGAACAAGAUUCGCACAGAAAAGCAAUUCACUUUGCCAAAAGACCAAUUUGGAUGUGUAGCGUAAAAAAAGCUUGUUCACCUUGCGAAAAAUCUGAAUUUCACAGACCUUAUUGUCAACCUUAUGGAAAUCGUGCUUUGAUCGAAUGUCGCAAGAUUGAAGUGACAAAAACGCCAGAAAGGAAACCACUUCCAUCAUCAAAAGAACCUUUCAAACCGGACAAGGCAGCCAUUGAAGAUCCGAAAAAGUUUGGCGCCGCAAAUGUACCUCAAGGCAGAGAUAUUGACACUAUAUAUGGGUCAUCGAUAGAAGAGAUGCUGGAAAGGGGAGACUUAGCGAACAUUGCUCCUGCACAAGCAAGCGGUUUGGUUGCUCGUGAUGAAAUGUUUGUGGGUGGUCAUGUAUACAAAGGAUAUCAAGUUUGCGGAAAAGAUCGAGCGCGAGAAACGUGGGAUUAUGCCGAAUUUUUGGGAGUCAAUCUGAUACUUGCUUUGAUUGGGAUUUAUGUAUUGUUGAUUAGGCAGCGCUAUUUGGCCGGACAGCAUCAGUCCAUGUUAGCAAGACGGAUAGGAAGAACAUAGACAGCUUUGUGGAAUGCAUGUAUCAUGUUUCAGUGUAUAGAUUAUGAAUUUUUUAAUGUAUGAAUACAAGUGCAAUCACAAAAAAGGUUUAAUUUUGUUCGAUGCGUGCUUUCAUUUGUUCGUACAACUUGUCCACUUCAGCAGUUUGUUUCUUAGUUUCCUCAUCGAUACCUUUCAUCUCUGUUCUGGCCUCAUCUGCUCCGAUCACUUUUCGCUUUUCAUCGCUACGAAU